UAUCUAGCGAUGCUCUUCGUCGGUCUUUCCUUAGGGCCAAGUCGGUGAAAUGGUGUUCAUGUCACGUCAAGGCGAAGGCAUGUGGAUAUAGAUGAACUGCAACAUUUGGGUUAGGGAUUCCGUCUCGGGUUGCUGCCAGGUAUUGGCAGAAGCUUUCCAUGAUGGAUAUUCAUGGGUGGUCGAAGCUUUGGAUCACCAUCUUUCGGAAUCAAUCCUCAAAUGCCAGUCACUGCUGGACAGCGAUGCGGCCGUACGCGAAGACGAUGACGCGGAACCAAUCUUGCACAUGUCGCUCAUGGAAGUGCUCAACUCGGUUAACUUUUAUCUGAUAUACCGCCCAGUUUUGCGAAGUGCUAGAAGGUCUAUCAGGCACAUAUUCGAGACAGGCUUGGAAGAUGAUUUCGACCAGAAUGGCCUGCUGUGGGAUGUUUGGGAUCGGCUGAAGGAGGUAGCCGGUCUUAGAUGGGAGGCAAGGGAGGAUUUGGCGGCGCAAGAGGUCACGAAGUGUAUGAAUCCGGAGUGUGCAACCCCUGAGAGGGCAUUGAGGCAAUGUUCGAGCUGCUCUAACGCAUAUUUCUGCGACCCGGUUUGCCAACGGAUAGCAUGGAGACUUGAACACAAGAAAUCAUGUCAUGAGCGUCGGGGUAUGGCAUUUCCUUGGGAUGAAACCAAACCAGUCCUGACAACACACAUCUGGCCACGCCAAGCGCAUCACCGACCGGGAUAUCAGCUUCUUCUACGCGGUGGCUGAAUAUGACAUCAGAGUUAACAACUCAAUAAUCGGAAAGCUGCAGACGGAUUUCCUGAAGAGGAACAGAACGUCCCCGACCUCAUUACUGCACUCGCUCGUCAUAUGUUUUGAUUACGUUCCAGUUUUGCACGCUAUCAUAAUCUCUACCGCAGACAAAUUUAUAGACCAAUGCGAGAGCAAGGCAUACUGGAACCGUCUGGUGGAUGAUUCGAAGGCACGGA